AUGCCUGAUUUCGUUUACUUCGAAAGGAAAUGCUCAAUUUCCGGAACCAAAUCCGGCCUGAGUGUCAUUCGCCUCAUGGACCCCUCAACUGACUUGGCCGAUGCCACUGACGAAGAGAUGGCUCGGAUGGAGUGGGCUUGGGGUAUGGAAAGAGGCGGCCUCGACUACUACCUAGCCAGUGCUCCCAAUGAUAUGUAUCUUCGAGACGAUAUUGCGGAGAUGUUCCUCAACGGAGAUUUCCUUCUUCUCCCCACACACAAGACCUACAAAGACGCUUUGGUGUUCAGAGAAAAGGCAGGCUACUGUGAUCGCGGCGAAGACAGCUCGCCACUGCGGCCCAUGACCGCGCUUGGUCGCGUUUUUCGCUACGUCUUUAUCCCAACUACGGACGCUGCCGAAGAACUUGCGCGCCGAAUCCCUAUGCAAAGUUUAACUGACGAAGACUGGAACGGAGGAAUCCACCCACGCACUGGGAGGCCGAUGAACCCGCAUCUCAGACGGUAUCCGGUGGUGGAAAGCCAUUGCCAUCUUGUCUCGAUGUGCUACUUCGCGAGGAUAGCAUUUGGGCUAGCGAUGCUGCACGGCUGGACUGUGGAUAUUUGGGAUUUCACAUCCUGCCUAAGCGAUCUCGAAGAGAAGUGGGGUAUCGGCCGGCGGAGCAGAUCUCCUCCUGCUCCCCAAUGGUUCGUCGACUCACCCAUGCGAGAGGACGACGACGAGAGUCUCCCCGAGUCUCAACAAAGUGGGUACUGGCCGCUCUUGGGCUCUAAGCCCAACUCCUUGCAGCAUAUUCCUGGUCGCGCAUCUUUGCCCAGCAUCACCGACUCCGAGAAAAGUAGUCGCGUUCUGGAGUGGCUUAAGGAUCUACCGCAGCGCAAGGUGCUACUGCGACACUCUGCUCGGCUCGCGUCGACGCCGACUAUCCCUAGCUCUUAUGCCUCUCCUGCGCGCAAGAUCGAGUCGACGAAUGUUUGCAAAGGAUUCGUGCCGAGGGAGGAACCGGAGUGGUCGCGGCAGAAGGGUCCUUUGCCGACCCGCCAAUUCACGAGCAACGACUGGGCGCUGUUUUGCUUUGGAACGUGGCUGUCGGAGGACGGCGAUGGCUAUACUUUCUGA